AUGCUCUGCAGGGCGAUGCCCACGCCUCGCCUCACAGAGGAUGCCACCAUCACCUCCGCCACGCCCUCGCACUGGUUGCUGUCUAUGUAUGCCAGGAGACAUCGGGCCGAUCUACUGGCCUCUGAUGCUAGGGUGCUGAAAGGGAAGGGGGGGAAGGUGGAGAGAAGGGAGGGCGAGAAGCUUCUUGGCAGUCAGUCUGGCACCUACGAUCCCCACUCCUUCCCUCACAGAGGAUCCAACAAUCACCUCCGCCACGCCCUCGCACUGCUGUCUGUGUAUGGGAGGAAUCACCCCCUCCCACUGGUAGCUGUCUGUGUAUGGGAGGAAUCACCCCCUCCCACUGGUAGCUGUCUGUGUAUGGGAGGAAUCACCCCCUCCCACUGGUUGCUGUCUGUGUAUGGGAGGGAGCUGUCUGUGUAUGGGAGGGAGCUGUCUGUGUAUGGGAGGGAGCUGUCUGUGUAUGGGAGGGAGCUGUCUGUGUAUGGGAGGGAGCUGUCUGUGUAUGGGAGGGAGCUGUCUGUGUAUGGGAGGGAGCUGUCUGUGUAUGGGAGGGAGCUGUCUGUGUAUGGGAGGGAGCUGUCUGUGUAUGGGAGGGAGCUGUCUGUGUAUGGGAGGGAGCUGUCUGUGUAUGGGAGGGAGCUGUCUGUGUAUGGGAGGGAGCUGUCUGUGUAUGGGAGGGAGCUGUCUGUGUAUGGGAGGGAGCUGUCUGUGUAUGGGAGGGAGCUGUCUGUGUAUGGGAGGGAGCUGUCUGUGUAUGGGAGGGAGCUGUCUGUGUAUGGGAGGGAGCUGUCUGUGUAUGGGAGGGAGCUGUCUGUGUAUGGGAGGGAGCUGUCUGUGUAUGGGAGGGAGCUGUCUGUGUAUGGGAGGGAGCUGUCUGUGUAUGGGAGGGAGCUGUCUGUGUAUGGGAGGGAGCUGUCUGUGUAUGGGAGGGAGCUGUCUGUGUAUGGGAGGGAGCUGUCUGUGUAUGGGAGGGAGCUGUCUGUGUAUGGGAGGGAGCUGUCUGUGUAUGGGAGGGAGCUGUCUGUGUAUGGGAGGGAGCUGUCUGUGUAUGGGAGGGAGCUGUCUGUGUAUGGGAGGGAGCUGUCUGUGUAUGGGAGGGAGCUGUCUGUGUAUGGGAGGGAGCUGUCUGUGUAUGGGAGGGAGCUGUCUGUGUAUGGGAGGGAGCUGUCUGUGUAUGGGAGGGAGCUGUCUGUGUAUGGGAGGGAGCUGUCUGUGUAUGGGAGGGAGCUGUCUGUGUAUGGGAGGGAGCUGUCUGUGUAUGGGAGGGAGCAGUCCCCACCCUUGCCCCCAUCAAGCCAAACGUCCCCCCUUACCUGCGUGGAUGGCAGGGCGCGUCGGGGGGGAGCAGGCCCCAUGGCUUGCAGAGGAUGA